UUUACGAACAUUUCUGAAAAUGGAUAUAUAGCUUUUUGUAAUGAAACUCUUCUUAUGUUUCCCCAUCUGAGCUCAGAGUAGAUGAGAGAUGUAAUGUUUGUCUCUGUUGUGUUGAAGCCCAAUCAAGCAGGAGAGACCAGCCUCCCCUGUUCCCAGCUGUGUGUCCAUGAAGAGUGACCGGUCUAUGGAACCUCCUAUAUCCUUUAGAGAGGGAGACUUUUCUACUGAACAAAGAAACCAACAGGAGAGAUCAGAGUCAGAGAUUCUCAGUGGUCAGUCUUCCCAGAGUCAUCAAACAGACCUGGCCUCCAUAUUCAGUAUGCUUGAAGAGAAAAUUAUGACAUUUGUGAAGAACGAGCUGAAGAUAUUCAAGAGGAUUCUAAGUCCAGAACUCCCACAAGGCUUUGAGAGUCAGAAGCAGGAUAAGGAAGUGGUGGGCGCUGAAGAUGAGCAGCAGGAGAGCAGUGCCAGAGAGGGGGCUCUGAAGAUCACACUGCACAUCCUGAGGAAAAUGAACCAGAAGGAGCUUGCUGACACACUGGAGAAAUAUGAGCUUGCUGUGAUUUGCCAACGUGAACUUAAAUCUAAUCUAAAGAAGAAGUUUCAAUGUGUAUUUGAGGGGAUCGCUAAACAAGGAAACCCAACACUUCUCAAUAAGAUCUACACAGAGCUCUACAUCACAGAGGGUGGAACAGGAGAGGUCAAUAAUGAACAUGAGCUGAGACAGAUUGAGACAACAACCAGGAAACAAGCAAGACCAGAGACUCCAAUCAAAUGUAACGACAUCUUCAAACCCUUAACUGGACAAGAUAAACCUAUCAGAACUGUGCUGACAAAGGGAGUCGCUGGCAUUGGAAAAACAGUCUCUGUGCAGAAGUUCAUUCUGGACUGGGCUGAAGGAAAAGCAAAUCAGGAUGUCCAAUUUGUGUUUUCAUUCCCUUUCCGGGAGCUGAAUUUGAUGAAAGGGGACAAACACACUUUCAUUAAACUUCUCAAUCACUUCUCAAUGGAAACCAAAGAAUCAAGAAUCUCCAACUACGACAAGUACAAAGUUGUGUUCAUCUUUGAUGGUCUGGAUGAGUGCCGACUGCCCCUAGACUUCCAGAAGAACAAGAUCUGUUGUGACGUCACAGAGUCAACCUCAGUGGAUGUUCUGCUGACAAAUCUCAUCAAGGGAAAUCUGCUUCCCUCUGCUCUCCUCUGGAUAACUACCCGACCUGCAGCAGCCAAUAAGAUCCCUUCAGGGUGUGUUGACCAGGUGACAGAGGUACGAGGGUUCAAUGACCCACAGAAGGAGGAAUACUUCAGGAAGAGAUUCAGUGAUGAUGAGGACCUGUCCAGCAGAAUCAUCUCACACAUAAAGACAUCAAGGAGCCUCCACAUCAUGUGCCACAUUCCAGUCUUCUGUUGGAUUUCUGCAACAGUCCUUGAACACAUGCUGAAACAUAAGAGAGAAGAGAUGCCCAAGACUCUGACUGAGAUGUACACACACCUUGUGGUGUUUCAUACCAAACAGAAGAAUGAAAAGUAUCUUGGGAAAGAAGAGACAGGUCCACACAGGAAUAAAGAGAGCAUUCUGUCACUGGGAAAACUGGCUUUUCAGCAGCUUGUGAAGGGCAAUCUGAUUUUCUAUGAAGAAGACCUGAAAGAGGCUGGAAUUGAUGUUAAUGAAGCCUCAGUGUACUCAGGAUUGUGCACACAGCUCUUUAAAGAGGAAUGUGGGCUGUGCCAGGACAAGGUGUACUGCUUUGUUCAUCUGAGCAUUCAGGAGUUUCUGGCUGCUGUAUAUGUGUUCCUCUCAUUCAUCAACAACAAUGAGAAUCUAAUGGCCGAACCGCAAACAAAGUCCAGCAUCUUUGCUUCGCUGUUCAGAGACAAGCCUGAAGUUACUGUCUUCAAGAGUGCUGUGGAUAAAGCCUUACAAAGUGAGACGGGAAACCUGGACCUUUUCCUCCGCUUCCUUCUGGGCCUCUCACUGGAGUCCAAUCAGAAGCACUUACGAGGUCUACUGACAAAGACAAGAAGCAGCUCACAGAGCCAUGAAGAAACAGUCAAGUACAUCAAGGAGAAGAUCAGGGAGAAUCCCUCUCCAGAGAGGAGCAUCAAUCUGUUCCACUGUCUGAAUGAACUGAAUGACCAUUCUCUAGUGGAGGAGAUCCAAAGAUACCUGAGAUCAGGAAGUCUCUCAAAACCCAAACUGUCACCUGCACAGUGGUCAGCUCUGGUCUUUGUGUUGCUGACUUCAGAAAAGGAGCUGGAUGUGUUUGACCUGAAGAAAUACUCCAGAUCAGAGGAAGGUCUUCUGAGGCUGCUGCCAGUGGUCAAAGCCUCCAGAGAUGUUCUGUUGUCAGGCUGUGGAGUCACAGAGAAAGGCUGUGCUUCUCUGGUCUCAGCUCUGGAGUCAAACCCCUCACACCUGAGAGAGCUGGACCUGAGUAACAAUGACCUGAAGGAUUCAGGAGUGAAGCUGCUCUCUGCUGGACUGGGGAAUCCCCACUGUAAACUGGAGACUCUGAGGUUGUCAGGCUGUCUAGUCACAGAGAAAGGCUGUGCUUCUCUGGUCUCAGCUCUGAAGUCAAACCCCUCACACCUGAGAGAGCUGGAUCUGAGUAACAAUGACCUGAAGGAUUCAGGAGUGAAGCUGCUCUCUGCUGGACUGGGGAAUCCCCACUGUAAACUGGAGACUCUGAGGCUGUCAGGCUGUGGAGUCACAGAGGAAGGCUGUGCUUCUCUGGUCUCAGCUCUGAGGUCAAACCCCUCACACCUGAGAGAGCUGGACCUGAGUAACAAUGACCUGAAGGAUUCAGGAGUGAAGCUGCUCUCGCUGGACUGGGGAACCCACUGUAAACUGGAGACUCUGAGGCUGUCAGGCUGUGGAGUCACAGAGGAAGGCUGUGCUUCUCUGGUCUCAGCUCUGGAGUCAAACCCCUCACACCUGAGGGAGCUGGAUCUGAGUAACAAUGACCUGAAGGAUUCAGGAGUGGAGCUGCUCUCUGCUGGACUGGGGAAUCCCCACUGUAAACUGGAGACUCUGAGGCUGUCAGACUGUGGAGUCACAGAGGAAGGCUGUGCUUCUCUGGUCUCAGCUCUGAGGUCAAACCCCUCACACCUGAGAGAGCUGGAUCUGAGUAACAAUGACCUGAAGGAUUCAGGAGUGAAGCUGCUCUCUGAUGGACUGGGGAAUCCCCACUGUAAACUGGAGACUCUGAGGCUGUCAGGCUGUCUAGUCACAGAGGAAGGCUGUGCUUCUCUGGUCUCAGCUCUGAGGUCAAACCCCUCACACCUGAGCGAGCUGGACCUGAGCUACAAUCACCCAGGAGACUCAGGAGUCAGACUGCUCUCUGCUGGACUGGAGGAUCCACACUGCAGACUGGAGAAACUCAAUGUGGAACAUGGUGGAGAGAACAGAAUGAAAUCUGGACUUAGAAAAUAUGUCUGUGAUCUCACACUGGACCUAAACACAGUAAACAGACACCUCUCUCUGUCUGAGGAGAACAGAAAGGUGACAUGUAGGAGAGAGGAGCAGCCGUAUCCUGAUCACCCAGAGAGAUUUGAGGACUGUCGACAGGUGCUUUGUAGCGAGGGUCUGACUGGGCGCUGUUACUGGGAGGUAGAGUGGAGUGGGAGCAUGGCUGAUAUAGGAGUGACAUAUAAUGGAAUCAGCAGGAGGGAAGAGGGGAUCUUGAAUGUUGUCUUGGAGCCAAUGACAAGUCCUGGAGUCUGUUCUGCUAUGACAACCGUUACUAUGCCUGUCACAAAUAUAAUCUCACUCUCAUAGACGUCCCCUCCUCCAGCUCCCACAGAGUAGGAGUGUAUCUGGACUGGCCAGCCGGCACUCUGUCCUUCUAUAGAGCCUCCUCUGACACACUGACCCACCUGAUCACAUUCACCUCCACAUUCACUGAGCCCCUCUAUCCAGCAUUUAGGCUUUGGGAUAUUGAGUCCUCAGUGUCCCUGAAAUAAUAACCUGACACACACACACACUGGACACACACUGGACACACACACACACACACACACACUGGACACACACCUGCUGGACACACACACUGGAAUCACAG